AUGCCUGCCUCAUCGAACUUCCCAAUAUCUCCCUCACGUGAAAAACAGUCUUCGAUCGCGGCAAAGGAACUAGACACGGCCGCAUUUGAAGUUUCUACAUGCGAAAUAAAUCCAUCAAUUGAGAAAUCUCUCCUUCGGAAGCUUGAUCUACAUGUUGUUCUUCCACUUAUGAUCUUGUUUGUGCUCGCUUUUCUCGACAGGGUCAAUAUUGGUAACGCAAAGAUACAAGGGAUGACUGAGGAGUUGAAGAUGGCGGGAAAUGAUUUUAACGUUGCCCUCAUGAUUUUCUUCCCGUCCUACAUCUUCUUUGAAUUUCCCUCCAAUCUAAUUCUUCGUCGCCUCCCACCAUCACUUUGGUUGACUAUUAUAAUGACCCUUUGGGGGAUCAUAACAGUCUGCCAAGGUCUAGUGCGUAGCCAGAGUGCAUUGGUUGGUUUGAGGUUUCUUCUCGGACUCUUCGAGGCUGGUUUCUCUCCUGGCGCUGUCUAUCUGAUUUCCAUGUACUACAAACGCUAUGAAUUGCAGUGGCGCCUUAGUCUUUUCUUUGCAGCCUCAAUUCUCUCUGGGGCCUUUGGAGGUCUUUUUGCUUAUGCUCUAGCUCAUAUGAAUGGCAUUGGUGGCUACAGUGGCUGGCGUUGGAUUUUUAUAAUCGAGGGACUUCUUACUAUAGUUGUUGCUCUCUCCUUUAAAGUCCUGGGUAUCCUAGUUGAUUGGCCCGAAACUGCAUCUUUCCUUACAUCAUCGGAACGGGAAAUGUUAAUCCGACGAUUAAAAGAUGACAUGGGAGAAGGUACCCAGCUUAACACGCUGAAUAAAGAAUCUUUGAAGAGGAUAUUGAGUGAUUGGAAAAUCUAUGCAGGAAUAUUCAUGUAUAUGGGAGUUGUAAAUACUGGUUACGCUACUAGUUUUUUCAUUCCGACAAUCAUCCAGGAAAUGGGACAUACAGCGAUUGGUAGUCAGGUCAGAACUAUUCCUAUAUAUUGUGUGGCUACAAUUACGUGCCUUGUAAUAGCAUACUUGACCGAUCGUCUUAGGCAUCGCUUCGCCUUUACAAUCGCUGGACUCGCAGUUGGUAUCAUUGGAUAUGUGAUCCUUCUUUGCCAGUCGCACGUCCCAACUGGUGCUAAAUACAUGGCUUGCUUCUUCAUAACUACGGGCGGAUAUAUGACGCAACCAGUCACUUGGGCAUGGGUUGCUAACAAUAUGGCAGGGCACUACAAACGUUCCAUUUCCACCGCCCUUCAAAUAGGCGUGGGAAAUAUUGGCGGUAUUGUCGCAUCUAAUAUCUUCAUAACAAAUCAAGCGCCAAAAUAUCCUGUGGGUUAUGGGGUUUCUCUCGGAAUGUUGAUCAUGUGUGGAAUUAUGUGUACGGUUUUCUUCUUCGGAUUGAAGAGAGAAAAUGGGAUUAGAGAUGGUGGAGGGAGAGAUUAUAGGUAUAGUGAAGAUGAGGAGAGGAAGAGGAAAAAUAGAGAAGAGGGAAAGGAGGAGGAAGGGAAUUGGGGGGAUGAUUGGCCGGGAUUUAGGUUUGUUUUGUAGGCUGGGUUGGAAGGGUUUUUGGGAUGGGAUACGCCGAGUUCCCUUUUCGUUUGUAGUUUGGGAAUAAAUACUUGGAAUUUAUGUGCACA